AGAGCCCUUUCAGACGAGGAUACCGUAUGCGAGAUACAGUAUCCGAGAUACAGAAUUACGACCGGAUACUUUUUUACUUCUGUAUCGCAUACCGCCUUGUUAUACGCAAAACAGACGCAGUGUAGUGCAGUUGUAAUUAUGGAAAUAGAAGAGUGUAUCGCGGUGUGGUAUUUAUUAAAUAGUAAGAAGAAGAAACUAAAAAGGAGACGUAGUUUGUGGGUUCAUCCCAUGUUGGGAUUAAGAGAAAGCAAAGGAACGUAUAAUUUAUUACAUGAAGAUUUGUUGCAAGAUCCAUCGAAGUUUUUCAAUUAUUAUCGAAUGUCUAUUCAGUCCUUUGAGAAACUUCAUAAUAUUUUGGAAAACAAACUAAUUAAAAAGGACACAACUAUGCGUAGAAGUAUUUCGUCAAAAGAACGACUAUCUAUGACAUUAAGGUAAGGAAAAAAUACUUAUAGAUGUUUUUUUUCUAAAUCUAUUUGUAUUUAAAGUAGUACAAGAAAAAUAAUAAUUAAUUAUCAGCUCCACAAUUUUGGUCUUAGCCUUGGUAAUCAACAAGAAGAUCGAUGAUGGAUCCAUCUGUUGAGGUGGCAGUUGAUUCAACGGAAUGGGGUACCUGGCGACUGGUUGCUCCCUUACUGAGCUACAUUAUAACUACAGAGUUGGAAUUUCAACAGCGAGCGAAAUAAUUCAGGAAACAUGCAAGCUAAUUUGGAUAUUUAUGAAAGAACAAUGUAUACCAAAGCCCACACGAGAAAAAUGGUUAGAAAUCGCAGACGAAAUAAAAAAAACACGUUUCGCGCGCUUCGUGAACAUUUCGGUCGCAACAACCGCCCAAACGAAACAACCAUCGGCCGUCUGGUGCGUAAAUUCGAGGCAACAGGUUCUGUGGCAAAUCUGCCAGGCUCUGGCCGGCCAAGGAGCGUUCGCACACCGGAAAAUAUUGCUGUUGUGAAGGAGAGUGUGAGAGACGAUCCGAAACAAUCAACAACGCGUCGAUCCCAAGCAUUGGGCAUUUCGACAACCAGUUUGCUCCGCAUUCUCCACAAGGAUUUGAAUGUACACGGCUACAAGAUCCCAUUGACGCAAGAGCUGCGUCGGGCCGACCAUUUUUCGCGCCGAACGUUCUCAGAUUGGCUCCUUGAACACCGCCAAAUUGAUGCCAAUUUUUCAUCAAAAAUCAUGUUCAGCGACGAAGCGCAUUUCACUUUGAAUAGGACGGUAAACAAGCAAAACUGUCGCAUCUGGGUGAACGAAAAUCCCCGUGAGUAUCAAGAGCAGCCGAUGCAUCCUCAAAAAGUGAUUGUGUGGUGUGCAUUGUGGUCAAAAGGCAUCAUCGGACGUUACUUUUUCGAAAAUGCGACCGGGGACGCCGUUACCGUCAAUUCUGAGCGAUAUCGCGUGAUGAUAGAGGACUAUUUUUUGCCGCAACUUGAAGGAAUGGAUAUGGACAAUGUUUAUUUCCAACAAGACGGUGCAACAUGCCACACAACCAACGUCAAUAUCCAUCGAUUGCAUGUGCCAUGGCCACCAAGAUCGUGCGACUUGACUCCCUUGGACUCCUUUUUAUGGGGAUAUUUGAAAAGCAAAGUCUACUUUUCUCUUUCUGGUGAAAAGUACGAUGACCAUUUUUUGGGGGUUGAUUGA